AUGGCGGGCGAUCAUGCAAAGCCUUCAGCACAGAGCCUGGCUCCCAGCUCACGUCGACCAUUCCCGUGCGAUGAAUGUCCGAAAACAUUCACCAGGAAUGAGAACCUGCACCGGCACAAGCGCGCUCGUCAUCAUCGUGCCCUGAGUCAUGAUUUCGAAUGCGAUGGCUGUCAUGCGGUUUUUACUAGAAGUGACGUGUGGAGAAGGCACCGGGGUCGUUGCCAGGCAGAAACAUCUGCUAAUCAUGCAUCUCAGCCGCAAACAUGUCCACAGCAGAGCUGCCCGUCAGUUGUUGAGACGACCACGCUUGUAGCUGCGACCGGUAACCUGACACCGGGCGAGGCGCUGACUGCAAAUGCUAUGCCUGGCGAUCACUUUUGGGAAGAGCAUAGCUCCUUUGCUACCAAUCUUCCGCGAGAAUACAUAAUGCCCUCGCCAAUCUUCACCGAUCGAAGCGACUAUGACAUGGAAGGAAAUGUCAAGACCUACUUCGAGCAUUUUCAUCCGUCGCUACCGUUGUUGCACCGGCCUACAUUUGCAGUAUCAUCGGCACCGAAGCUACUGCUCAAAGCUGUGACUGUGAUAGGUAGCUUAUGCUCGACAGUGGUAUGCACCGAUGAAGAAGCCCACGCCCGGGUGCACUGGCGUCAGGAUACGUGGCAAACUGGACAACAGGAACUUCGAAAGAUGGUUUCCAAUGAAUGCGGCAACAUACGGAAACCCUGGGUGAUGCAAGCCUGGAUACUUUACAUGAUAUAUGGGGCUGUACGUGAGGUCGGUCUCUCUCAUCAAGAGAUUGUCAUGCCCGAGUCACGGUCCUGGCUGUACGACAUCGACUAUCCACGCACAGAGCAAUCGCAAACCGUGUACACCCGAUGGACCUCCUAUAUAACUGCGGAGUCCACGCGAAUCGCGCUGUACACGCUCGUCUUCCUGGAUUCACACGUUUUCGUACCCUGCAAUUCCCGGCCCUUGAUGUCUUCAAUGGAACUACGAUGGGAGCUCCCUUUCCCAACCAAACUCUGGGAGGCGAAAGACCCUGAAAUAUGGAUUCGGAGAUUCAGCGAAUAUUUCGGUGUCUCAGCUUUGAUAUUCACCAACGAUCUUCUCCAUCAGCCUCGCGGAUUAGCAGCAGCUUCCUUGACGAUGGCGACGCAGCAACUCAUGACUGAAGCUCCGGGUACCGAGUUAACCUCUGUCCUCGAAGCAUCCCCACUUGCAGUUUUCUAUGUGCUAGCAAACCUGGAUACUCUGGUGCGGGACUUCACACGGUGUUAUUACCAAAUGCCACCUAGCUAUUCUGAUCCAAAUCCAUUCCACAUUCUGACUCAAAGUCAAACCAAGAGUGUUCAUAUGGCCAUACGUAAUAUUGGGAAAAUUGUGAAAGACGCAGCCACCACGAGUGACAGUCCCCAGUUUCUUCACUGGAGAACAAACGAGCUCUUUAUUGUGUCCCUGCAGGUCAAUCUGUGUCGGCCCGAUCAGCUACUGAUAGGAGGCAUCGUCGAUAACAGCUUGAUUGCCGGCCUGGCUGCCUCAACGCAUCUGAUGCGAGGUCACUUCGUCGCGGUGAGACGAUCUGCGCCUUUGGUAGCACCUCGUCCGGGCGGCAAUGAGGGUGUGCUUGCCUUGCUCAGUGAGCUUUGUGCUGCACUUGCUAGCAUAUACGGUGAGGACUCGCCAAGGGUUGCUUUUGAAGCGCCGUGGGUCACAGUUAGCAGCUAUGGGGUCCUUCUGUGCAUCUGGGGAGCGCUCAGGCGUGCGACAACGGAGAUUCGUGACCAUUUGAAUACAUUCAAUGAACUCCCACGGACAUCCGAGCCAUGUAUGUUGAUCUUCAACUCACUCAUGGAAGCCGCCUUGCGGUACUUCCCUGCUGCUAGAGAAGAUCGGGGGACUCGCGAUCCACGGUUGUGGUCUACGGACCGUGAAGCCUUUUCUACUCUGUUAGAGGCAGGGCAUGGGCUUUUUGCAGAACUCAUCAAGACUUUCUGCCAGCAGCGACUUGUGUGGAGCAUUGGGCCGUCCAUGUUGGGUGUACUGAGGGAACUCCCCGACGACGCUACGUAG